AUGGCCGCGGUUCGGGCGUUGCGGGGUCCGGAGGCGCUGGCAGGGCCCGGCGGCAUCCACGGGGUGUUCGCCUCUCGCUCGGGGCUGCUGCGGCCGCUGAGGGCUUCUCCAGCCUGCUCGCCCCGGGACGUCUCCUCUCCCGGCUUUACCCGCUUCCGCCGGGCCAAUACCCAGCGCGCUGCCUCCCGCGGGCCCCCAGAGCGGCGGUCCCUGUCCGGGUGUGCCCGGUGUGAAGGAGCCGCCGGUGCCACAGCGCCCGCCGCACCUCAGCAGUGGGCAGAGGGGCCAGAGCCAGCCGGGGAGCUGCGCUGGGUGUUGGGCAGCGCCGGCCGGCCGUGCCCCGAGCCGGACUUCGCCGGGGGCUCGGGCUGCGCCUGCCCCUGGUCCGCCCCCGCCGGGGUUUCCAAGGAGACCUGGGCCGCCGUCUGCGCCGCGGAGCCGCCGCACAGCCAGGGCCGGCGGGAGGCUCGGCCGCCGGGCCAGUUCUGCAGCCCGCAGCUCGGUGCCCAGGACGCGGCGUGGCAGGGAGACCAGCUGUCCUCCCAGCUCUACAGAAACAAGCAGCUUCAAGAUACUUUGCUUCAGAAGGAAGAGGAACUUGCUAGGUUACAUGAAGAAAAUAAUAACCUCCGACAAUACCUGAAUUCUGCCCUGAUUAAGUGUUUAGAAGAAAAAGCCAAGAAACUACUGUCUGACCAUGGGCAAAAAACCUGUGCUAUCCUCAGAAGUACCAAGAGGAGAUUAAAGGAGGACCACUGCUUUGUUCCUCAAGAAACUCCUCAUGCUUCCAAAGCUAGAAGGAACCUCUUCAAUGAAUUCACUGCCUGUGAAGAGCAAGCCAGCUCUGCUGUGGACAGCUGGGUCUUGCAGACCUUAGGAUUAAAAGAUGUGAACACCAUUGAUGAAGCUUCAGCUAACUACAGUGCCCUGUCCCCAGACCUUGGAAAAGACACAUACUCCUGUGGGUUGCCUUAUUUGACUGGUGGUUUGUCACCCAACAAAACAGAAGUGGCCUUCACAACGUGCCUGAGUCCCCACCGCAAUGUGAGAACACACAGCUUCCACCAAGGACAGGCCUUUGUGCGCAGGGACGAUGAUGGGGGGUGGAGGUUCACCUGGGUGCCCAAGCAGCCUGAAUGA